AACUCAAAUCAUAUGACCGUUUUCUCCCGAUAUGUAGAGAUGUGUGAUAUGAUUCCAACACACGUAUUGCGUGCAAGCAAUAAUUAUAGAAAGGCCUGACUUGGGUUUUCCCGUCAUUAUUGGUGACAGACCCCAUGUGUAUCGAUGUGUGACCAUCGACAAGUUCCUGGUGUUGGCAAACAGAAGAUAAUGAUUCUGUAGGAAAGGCAAUAUCACAAAGGAAGGCUGUUUGAAAGGCGAGGAGGGUGAUUGAGUACGAGAAAUAAAGGGCCAAAAUGACCGGGCAUAAUGGCGUUGAGAGGUACAAAAUGUAUGGUGGUACCGGAAGGAGACAUGUCGGUUCACAUCGACAAAUAGAUAUCAGUGAUAUGAGUCCCGUGUUACCACACCAGUCGUCCCACACAAGCCAUGGAGGCGGAUCCAGAAACCACAGCAGGGAGAAUUCCCAGCCAACAGGUGGAAAUUCCAAACGAACUAAUUUGGGAAACGAUACCUUUUUCAAGACGGAUCCCAAGCUGAAGAAGGCUUCCGAAACAUAUAAAAUCCCCAUGGAUUCGAUUCAGGGGAGACGAACGUCGUACAUACCCAGCCAAGGUGCGAAAUCUCGCUACGGGAACCACAGAGCAGGUUCUGCCAGCAAAACUGUCCCGCUUAAGGAUGGCGGUCUGGAGGCAAAGUAUGUUGACAUGGGAAGGAAACAGACAGGUGCCCUUCGAUCUGUAAAUUCUCAUCCAGUACAGUCAUCCAAAUCAAGCAUAGGUGGCACACAAAGAAAACAAACGAGGGAUGUGGCAAUGUAUUCAAGUGGAAUUUCCACACAGGGAAAGUGGGGAAAAGACUUGUUUCCAAAGACAGCUCAGGAAACGGAGGGCCUUCCUGCAGUACAGAGCAAACACCAGCCUCACUUAACAUCGCGAAACAACUCGAUAAAGCCUCGACAAAGCCUACACAUGCCCGCUGGCUCUAAGCUAGACCUGGGCAGACAUGGUGGCCAUCUGGAUAGUACACAUACCGACUCUAAUCAACAUGGAUUCUCGCACGACAAGCGUCCAUCUUCGGCACACCAUUCAUCACACUCAAGUACUAACCAUUCACCUCGACACAGUCAGAAAACUUCGACACCUCCGGGCUCUAGGCAAGCUAUGCCCAUCAAAAAUAAUGUUGAUGAUAUGAAGAUAAUGCUUGAUGGGGGCGCAAGCAAAUCUAUCGGCUUGAAAGAUACACCGCGUCUUUUACAAAGACACCAGGCAGCUCACCCAAGCAACAGUCUGCCAAUACAAAUCCAUCAGGCAGCUCAUCCAAGCAACAGUCUGCCAAUACAAAUCCAUCAGGCAGCUCAUCCAAGCAACAGUCUGCCAGUGCAAAUCCAUCAGGCAGCUCAUCCAAGCAACAGUCUGACAAGACAACCUGGCUCUAAGCAGGGUAUGCUUGAUGGUACCGAAGGUAAAUCUAAUGACUCACAGCAACAUUCAGUUACGAAUAGGCAAGCCAACCUCCGUUUCCAUCAGGCAGCUCACCCGAGCAACAGUUUGCCAAGACACAGCCAGAACCACACCAGUCUAGUUGGCUCCAAGCCGGAUUUGGAAGUACUUACACAGAACAAUGAUUCUGACAAAAGAACAAAGAAUGAUGGCACCAGGAGUGAUCUUAUAUUUGAAGAUUCCAACAGCUUUAGUUUUUUAGAAAUACCACAUCAAGCUUCGCAUACAAGUAACAGUUCGUCUCGACGCAACCCAGUCGAAAGUCAGCAAAUUACAAUAACACCACUUGACCCUAAAUCGGGCAUUGUCUUAAAUACUGGGAACAAUAAUAACAGUCUUGGGGGAAAUGGUGAUAAGGGAACUAAACUUAUCGACACUAAUUUACAAUUCCACAACAUGCAACAUCAAGCAUUCCACGUAAGUAACAUUACUCCGCGCCAUAAUCCAGCAUAAAACCAGAGCUCUGUCGUCACUACCAUCGUCGUCGUUUGAGUCCUAAAAUUGGCCCAGUUCGAUAAAAUAUCAAACUAUAACAAAAAUAUGUUUAUAGUAUCGUUUACCAUGGAUCGACUACAAUGGCUACAAGGACAUUCAGCGAGAAGAAAACAGCAUCAUGUUUUAAUAAUUCAAGAGAGACCCAUAAACAACAGAUUGACGUGCUUUGUGAGACGCAACAAGGGGAGGUGUGUAUGGGGGAGGGGUGUGAUAUAGGAGAAUAGUGGGUAAUGGGAGUCUUGAUGUCCAUUGCAUUUCACCUUAGAAUGUAUUUUUUGAACAUUGAUUAAUACACGAUAUUUAUACGUUCUUCAACAACAUUUUCUUUUUCACUGGACCUUCAGCCAGACACACUUUGUGUGGAACAAGAGAUCACAUUUCUAAUGGUGUUUGGGAUGUUUUAACGCCGGUGUGCUCCGUCUAACACUGUAGUGCUAGAACAGAAAGUAGACAGUACACUAAAGUAUCCAUGAGGACUAUGGGACUAUAUCAAGAUAUAAAGCAUUUCACAGGUGCUUGACUGGACUGGUCCAUCAAUACUGGAUGUGUGGGUCUGGUGGAUAUCGGUCAAUCCAAGCACCUGGUUAUUUUUGUUAUCGUUCUGUUUCUCUUAUAUACAUUAUCUGUUUACUUUUUACAUACAGGGUAAAUAAUAAUCUAUUUUUAUUGUUGACAUUAUGUUGUAGAUCGGAAGUCUAAGUAUAAUUAAGUGUUAAUGUCAUUUUUCCUACUCAUUCAUUGAACAUUCGUUAGAA